AUGAUUUGGACGCGCGCCAUCUCCAUCACCAACUUCGUCGUCGCCAGCUCGGCGCUCGCCUUCCAGACCAUGGUCCUCUACCCCUGGCAUGUCGAGCUGGACAACAACUUUGAGGCACUGAAGAAGGAGCACCUCAAGGUGCUCGAGGCGGUGCGCGGCAAGAUGGCCUCCGAGGAGCAGCAGGGGCUGAAGGACAGGAUAGAGGAGCUGGGACACAAGAAGUCGAGCUUCAUGUCACAUACAUCAUCAUCAUCAUCGUCGGCGUCGGCCGCGACCUCGCCCGUAACGGGAGCGGAGGCCUCGGUACACGCGGCGAAACCAGUACAAGGCGUUACCCUCUAUGCUAGAUACGCUCUCGCAGGUGCUUUUGUUUGCUCCUUUACGCAUGCCGUCCUGACGCCCGUCGAUGUGGUCAAGACGAGGAUCCAGCUAGACCCGGCGCGGUACAGCAAGAACAUCAGCUCCAGCGCCCGCCUGAUCGCCUCUUCCGAGGGUGCCGGCGCCCUGCUCACGGGCCUCGGCCCCACGUGCGCCGGCUACGCGCUGCAGGGCGCCUUCAAGUUCGGCGGCUACGAGUUCUUCAAGAAGCUCGCCAUCGAGAGGCUGGGCCGCGAGACGGCCUCGGACAACCGCAACGCCGUCUACCUCGCCUCGUCGGCCGCGGCCGAGUUCCUCGGCGACCUGGCGCUGUGCCCCUUUGAGGCCGUGCGCAUCCGGCUCGUCUCGCAGCCGGCCUACGCCAGCGGGCUGGCCGACGGCAUGGUCAAGAUGGCGCGGCAGGAGGGCGUGAGCGGGCUGUAUUCCGGGCUGAGCCCUAUCCUUCUGAAGCAGGUCCCGUACACCAUGGCGACGUUUGUGGUCUACGAGAAGGCGAUAUCCGUCGCCUACGGCAUCUUUGACAAGUCCUCCAUCUCCUCGCUGGCGCAGACCGGCAUCAACACGACGUCCGGCCUGGUCGCCGGCCUCGCCGCCGCCUUCGUCUCGCAGCCCGCCGACACCAUCCUCAGCAAGAUCAACAAGGACAAGGCCAAGCCCGGCGAGGGCACCAUGGGCCGCCUGGUGCGGAUCGCGCGGGACCUGGGCAUCCGCGGCAGCUACACCGGCAUCCGGGCCCGUCUGGUCAUGGUCGGCGGGAUGACUGCCGUCCAGUUCGCCAUCUACGGCGAUAUCAAGAGGGCUUUUGGUGCCACCAACGGAGUCGAGUUGUAG